AUGGCUACGGCGGGGUCCUCUCGGAUGUGGGUGCUGGGCGUGGUGAUCACGGCACUGGUUCUGGGGGUCACAGAGCCUGUUCUUACAAACGAGGCUGUCACCUGCAACAACCCCUCUGACAAGGAGACCUCUGGGGACAGCCGCGACUCGGACAGCAGGGCCAGGGACAACUCCAGAUCAGACGGCAGCUCCCGCAUCGUGAAUGGCUCGGACUGCGAGAAGGACACCCAGCCAUGGCAGGCCGCACUGCUGCUGGGGCCCAACAAGCUGUACUGCGGAGGGGUGCUGGUGGACUCCCAGUGGGUGCUCACGGCUGCCCACUGCCGGAAGCCGGUUUACCGCGUCCGCCUUGGCCACCAUUCCAUGUCCCCCGUCUAUGAAGCCGGGCAGCAGCUGUUUCAGGGGGCCAAAGCCAUCCCCCACCCCGGUUACUCACACCCUGGCCACUCCAACGACCUCAUGCUCAUCAAACUGAACAAGAAAAUCAAGUGCUCACAUUCCGUGAAGCCCAUCCGCAUCUCCUCCCACUGUCCGUCCGCCGGGACCACGUGCUUGGUGUCCGGCUGGGGGACGAUCACCAGUCCCCAGAGUGACUUCCCGAAGGUCCUGCAGUGCUUGAACAUAACUGUGCUCAGUGAGGACAAGUGUAAGGAUGCCUACCCAGGACAGAUCGACAAAACCAUGUUCUGUGCCGGCGAUGAAGCGGGCAGGGACUCGUGCCAGGGUGACUCUGGAGGACCCGUGGUUUGCAAUGGCGAUCUCCACGGCCUUGUGUCCUGGGGUGACUUCCCCUGUGCCAAGCCCAACAAGCCUGGCGUUUACACCAAUCUCUGCCGAUUCAGCAAAUGGAUAGAGGAAACCAUUAAGUCAAACUGA